ACCUUGCCAGUUUGCCCCAAUUGCGGCAAUUCUCUGACAAUUUCACGCGGCGAGCCAACCCGAGAGUAUCCCCUGGGGGUCAACCGAUUCGAGUGCCGGACAUGUCCCUAUCAGCAUCUGCUGAAGCACGGUAGACAGGAGAAGACCACCAUGAAACAAAAGGAGGUGGAAGACGUCUUUGGUGGCAAGGAGGAGUUUGCGAACGCCGACAGCAUGGCCACUCAGUGCCCCGCCGAAGAUUGCAAUGGCGAUCGUGCAUACUUCUUCCAGCUGCAGAUUCGGAGUGCGGAUGAACCUAUGACUACAUUCCUUAAGUGUACUACAUGCGGUGCACGGUGGAGAGAAAAUUGA